UCUAAUAAAAUUUUUAUAAAUAAUGUCAAGAUUGUCAACUUACAAGCCACCCGUAGUUCACACAACAGACUUUGAGGUUUUCGGGAAGGUGCAAGGCGUCUAUUUUAGAAAAUACACACAGAAAAAGGCCUUGGAUUUAGGGGUAAAGGGAUGGGUGAUGAAUACUCCUCACGGCACCGUGAUUGGCCAACUUCAGGGUCCUCCGGAGAAGGUACAGGCUAUGAAGAGCUGGCUGCAGCUGAUAGGGAGCCCUAAGUCCAAAAUCGGAAAGGUUGACUUCAAAAAUGAAGGCGCGAUAAAGGGUUGUAGUUUCCAGAGUUUUACUAUACGCCGUUAAAAUUUGUAUUGUUACCGUUAAAAUGUAUCUUGUUAUGUAAUAAUUUAAUAAAUUGCCACGUGAAACU